AUGUCGUGUGAAUUAGCGGAGUACAUCUCUGUGAUUCUUCUUUCUCCUUUGGUGCUUUCGAGAUUCCCGAAGGUUGCCAAUGAAGUUAAUUUUGCUACUGCUUUCCAGUCGCUGCUGCAUGUACUUUCUAUUUCUUGCUUGCUUGCUUAUAGUGUUGUUGUAUUGGCGUCGUCUGCUUUCCUUCGUUCUCAUCCUCCACGGCUAAGUUCUUCUUCUUCUGUCUACGAUACACUUGCCACCUUGUCACUUUUCUUGCUCAAACUCAAAACUGAAACAAUCGGUCAAACCAGUUAUAUUCAUCGUAUUUUGUUGUUGCUGUUGAAGCUGUUGGGAGGUAGACAAUGGCCUUCUUGGAGCGAGUUAAGGAAGGCUACCACUGCUAAACCCAACAGCCUGAACACAGAGUUUGGGUCUAAACUGAAGGAGCAUUUGCAGUACUGUGUGGAUCAUCCUGAAGAGAUCAACAAACUUGCUAAAGUUAAGGCUCAAGUGACUGAGGUGAAAGGGGUUAUGAUGGAGAACAUUGAGAAGGUCCUUGACCGUGGUGAGAAAAUUGAGCUUCUACUGGACAAAACUGAGGACCUUCGUUCACAAAGAGGAAACAAUGAAGAUGAUGAUAACAUGCCACCUGGCAAGCCAUCUCCUGAUGAGUAUGAAUCUGGAGGGGCCACUGGUAAUGUGCAUCAGCAGAUGCUAAGACGUUCCACUGGUACUGCGCGUAAGAAGAUGGGCGACUCACCGUCGAAGUUGGUCAAGAAGGUGCGCGUCGCUUGAUAUGUAGCAGCAAUAGAUUUAUGAUCAGACUCUCAGUCUUAAUAAUGCUUAUGAAUCUUUGUUUUAUUUCCCAUGUAUAUGGGCACUAAGUUUGCUUCAGACUAUCUUUAUUCAAGUUUAAAUUAUGAAGUUUUAUAUGCAUUCCGGCAUAAGUUGUUUUUGUUUCAUGUAGAUAUUUAGAUCCUAUUGGUUUAAUUUAGAGACUACCAUUUCUA